CUUCAGUAAGCUGACCCAACCAGUGGACUUCAAAUACGCUUUGGGUUGCUGUACAUUAAAGCCCUAAAAUUUUGGGAGCAGACCUAAGUUCAACUUUCACCAAGGAGUCAAGCUGGAAGCCAAGUUCUCAGGACAGUAAGAAUUACUUGAUGAUUAGUUUGUCAGCAUAAUGACUGCUAAGAACAGAACCAGUGAAAUAAUUACAAAGCUCAAAGAAAGCAGACGACGUCUCCUGGAGGAGAUAAAUGAAAAGCGUGACUCUAACUGCCUUGUGGAAAGAAGCAACCAAGUCAGUUUACUGAGAGUUCAAAAGAGGCAUUUCAGUGGUGCCUAUAUGUCCUCUACUCACGCCCACAUCAAACAAUCGGUUCCUGAUAGUGGAAGGAGCUCCUGGGUCACACUGGGUCUCCUUGCUCACACGGAGAAAAAGCACUUUCCUGCAAAAAAUAAUGCCAUAUUUGGAUAAAGCGCAUCUCCAGAGACACACAGAAAUAAAAUCUCUUUGAUCCUUC